GGUGGUUUCAGUCCACUCUAUGCUGCCAGUCAAGAAGGACACUCUGAUGUAGUGGACAUUCUGCUAGAGGCUGGUGCUGAUGUCCACCAGGCCACCACCGAGAGUGGUGCUGUUCCUCUGGGGAUAGCUGCCCAGCAGGGACAUACUGAGACAGUUCAGAGACUGUUGAAGGCAGGAGCCAACGUCAACCAGCAGAACAAGGUUUUGGCUAGCCUUUUUCCCAGGCUCACAUGCAGUAGUCUAUAGAGAUAGGCUCAUAAUUGGUGAGCCAAGUGAGCCUACUUUUGAAUCCAGCUUAUGGGAAGCUACUGUCACACAUACUGUAAAGUUUUACUAACUUGAAAUGGACGAAAUGGAGUUAAAAUAUGCAAUCUUCGCGUGUCGCGCUUGUGUGUAACUCUCGCAUUAACUCCCCACAUUCAUGUU